AAAAAGAAGAGAGUUAGAAGAUAUAGGUAUGGCGAAGUCCUCAGUAAGCAUGAAGCUCCUGAUCGACACCCAUGGUAAAAGAGUCCUGUUUGCCGAAGCAGGCAAAGAUUGCGUGGAUUUCAUGUUCUACAUACUCUCUUUGCCUGUAGCAAAUCUCAUCAAUCUUGUCGGAAAAAAACAAAUGGUGGGGUCUUUGGGAAACCUGUACGAAAGCAUAGAAACCCUAAACCAGUCAUACAUACAGCCAAACAAAACCAAAGACACCCUUCUGAAACCAGUGAAUCCUGUGAUCUGUAGUGGUUCUUCUGUGCCUCUGCUUGCUAUCAAAGAUUCUCCUACUACUAGUACAAAGAAUUACUACAGGUGCCAGUGUAGUUAUCGUCUCAGUUAUGUAUCCGAUGACCCAAGAGCGAGUUGUCCGAGUUGCCACGUGGCAAUGACCAACGCUGUGCGAUAUGUGGCUCCUCCUGUAAAACAAGAAUCUUCGAGCUGUGAUGAAGAAGGUUUAGGGUUUGUGAAGGGGGUGGUUACUUAUAUGGUGAUGGAUGACUUGGUUGUCACGCCAAUGUCUACUAUCUCCAGCAUCACACUUCUCAACAAGUUUAAUAUCAAGGAAGUUGGUGCUCUGCAGGAAAAAGUUGUCAACAUGGGAAUGGCCGAGGCUGUGAAGUUGUUGAAGGCUUCUCUGGAGACCGACAAAGUUCUUACCAAUGUUUUCUUGAAGUGAAUAAUUAGGGGCUCGAUCCCCAUCAACUGCUUGAUUAAUUGAAGAACUCUGCUCGUGCUUGUUAUGCAUUUUGUAUAUAUACGUACAUAUUAAGUACUUUUGCUUCGUCGUUUGAUCUUCUUCUUCUUUUGGCUGUAAAUUAUAUGAAGUUGAUCAACUACUUUUGGACCUCUG